AUGUCUAGGGUGCUGGAGCCUCUCGUCGUCGGGAAGGUGAUCGGAGAAGUCAUCGACAACUUCAACCCCACGGUGAAGAUGACGGCGACCUACAGCUCCAACAAGCAGGUGUUCAACGGCCACGAGUUCUUCCCGUCGGCGGUCGUGUCCAAGCCGCGCGUCGAGGUCCAGGGCGGCGACAUGAGGUCUUUCUUCACACUGGUUAUGACAGAUCCGGACGUGCCAGGGCCUAGUGAUCCGUACCUGAGAGAGCACCUCCACUGGAUCGUCACUGAUAUUCCUGGCACCACUGAUGCUUCCUUUGGAAGGGAGGUGGUGAGCUACGAGAGCCCGAAGCCCAACAUUGGCAUCCACAGGUUCGUCCUCGUGCUGUUCAAGCAGAAGCGCCGCCAGGCGGUGUCGCCGCCGUCCUCCAGGGACUACUUCAGCACCCGCCGCUUCGCCGCCGACAACGACCUCGGCCUCCCCGUCGCCGCCGUCUACUUCAACGCGCAGCGGGAGACCGCCGCUCGCCGCCGCUAA